AUGAUACUAACCUGUCCUCUCCUCCCUGCAGGCCUGCGUAAGGUGAUGGUGCGUGCCCACCGGCAGGCGUGGUGCUGGCAAGAUGAGUGGUACGGUCUGACCAUAGAGGACAUCAGACAGCUGGAGCUGGAGACCCAGCUAGCCCUGGCCACGAAGAUGGCCCAGUACAGCCUUAGUGACACCGAGGAGGGGGCAGCAGAGUCCAACAGGACCCCCGUCACGCCCGACCGGGACUUGGAGGGGGCCCUGCGGGACGGGGGAGAGGUGGAGGGAGGAGGGGCAGGGCUGGGAGAUACAUUACAGACGCGUGGAGAGCUCACCAAGCAGUGGUCAACUUCGUCUAGGUCGUCUAACAGAUCCUCGAAGAGAGGAGGAAGUCCUGUGAACCAGAACAUUUCAGAGUGGCGGAUGCAGAGUAUCGCUCGUGACUCAGAGGACAGCACUGACGACGAGUUCUUUGAUGCUCCCGAGGACUUCUCUGGAGAUGAGGAGAUGUUAUUACAUGCCAAGGAGAUGAACAAGUGGAGUUCCAAUGACCUGAUGGACAAGAUAGAGACUACAGAGACAGACGAAGGCCAGGAGAGCCUGUAUCAGAAGUCGGGUGAAGACUAUACAGUAACCAGUAGUGAGGAACGACUGAUUGAGGAUGGAUCGUCUCAGCAGUGUCUGACGCCUUCCAAGAUCCACGUUCUGCUUCUGGUUCUUCACGGGGGUAACAUAUUAGACACUGGAGCAGGUGAGCCAAGUAGUAAGCAGGCUGACGUCAACACUCUGAGUGGAGCAUUUGAGACAGUGAUGAGAGUGCAUUACCCAGCAGCCCUAGGACACAUUGCCAUCCGCAUGGUCCCCUGCCCGGCGGUGUGUGCCGACGCCUUUUCACAGGUUUCCAAUCUCAGUCCCUAUAGUUUUGAUGAGGGCUGCCUUUCCAACAGUCAGGACCACAUCCCUCUGGCUGCACUGCCUCUAUUGGCCACUUCCGCUCCGCAGUACCAAGACGCCGUGGCAACCGUCAUCCAACGAGCCAAUCAGGUGUAUGGAGACUUUAUCAGGUCCUUGGAAGGGGCAUCCUUCUCCGGACAGGUGUGUGUGAUCGGGGACUGUGUAGGUGGUAUCCUAGGGUUUGAUGCGCUGUGCAGCAGUAACGUCAUCGUUUCAGAAAGCCAGAACAGCAGUAGACGAGGCAGCACCAUCAGCGUACAGGACACAGACCUCCUCUCCCCUGGCAUCAUAAUAAACAGUGUCUCUCUGUCUUCUCCGUCUUCUCCGACUCUGGAGAGCAGUCGCCAUCUUAGUCGCAGUAACAUUGACAUCCCUCGCAGCUCAGGACCUGACGACCCCAAGAGAAUGCUGCCUCGCAAACGCAGCGACUCCUCCACCUACGAACUAGACACCAUCAAACACCACCAGGCAUUCCUGUCCAGUCUCCACAGCAGUGUAUUGAGAACAGACCCAGGUUCGAGGCGCUCCAGCGGGAGUACCAUGCUAGAGGGAGGGAGGCUGGACUUCGAGGUGGCAGACUUCUUCCUCUUUGGUUCACCUCUGGGGCUGGUGCUGGCACUGAGGAAGACUGUGGUGCCGUCCAUAGAUGUCUCAUCGUUGCGUCCGGCCUGUCAGCAGCUAUAUAACAUGUUUCAUCCAGCGGACCCCUCUGCCUCCCGCCUGGAGCCCCUUCUAGAGAAGAGGUUUCACCAGCUGCCCCCCUUCUGUGUCCCCCGAUACCAACGCUUCCCUCUGGGGGACGGACACUCGGCUCUGCUGGUGGAGACUAUGCAGAGUAACCCCCAUCUCCUGUUGGAGUCAGUACCCCUGUCAGUACCCCUGCGUUGCCAGGAGGGGAGCGUCAGUGAGACCUCCAUCCCCGUCCCUGUACUCAGCUGGCCCCAGCAGGCCUCACAGCUCAACGACACGGACAUGCUCCACUCCCACUGUGGUAUGUUUGUGGACACCCAGUACCCAUCCUCCCCGCUGACUGGACCCCCCCACUCCAGGGGCCCCCGUAGGUCCAGUGAGGCCAGCAUCGCUAGCCAGGUGUCAGGCAUGGCCGACUCAUACACUGCCUCCAACAUCACCAACACUACUAAAUGCUAUAGCAGUUCGUCUAAGAAGCUGGGUCUCCUCUCCCAGCUUGCUCUUUCUAAACUCCCCUCGAGGAGCCCCUCUCCACGAGCCAGGAAGAAGAUACGACCCUUCCUCACUCUCAGACACACCGACUCAGAGCAGGGUGACGAUGAUGUCACCUCUGACGUCACUUCCUAUGAUGUCUCCUCAGACCUGCCCUCUGACUUCACUGAUGUCACUUCUGAUGUCACCUCUGACAUCACCGAUACGAGCUCUGACCCUCCGUCGCCAGAUACGCUGAUGGACAUAGAGCAAGUUGCGUCUCGGUGGUGGGGCAGUAAGCGGAUGGACUUUGCCCUGUACUGUCCUGAUGCCCUCACAGCCUUCCCCACUGUAGCUCUGCCUCACCUCUUCCAUGCUUCAUACUGGGAGUCCACUGACGUCGUCUCCUUCCUACUCAGACAGGUUAUGAGGCAUGAGAACUCUAGUAUUUUGGAGCUGGAUGGUAAAGAGGUGACCGAGUUCAAGCCUUCUAAACCCAGAGAGAAAUGGCUGCGCAAGAGGACACACGUCAAGAUCAGGAACGUUACGGCCAACCACCGUGUGAAUGAUGCUGUGUUUACUGAGGAUGGAACACAGCUGGUGAUGGGACGCUUCAUGUACGGACCUCUGGACAUGGUCACUCUCACUGGGGAGAAGAUUGACAUCCACAUCAUGACCCAGCCCCCCUCAGGGGAGUGGGUGUACUUUGACACAGAGCUGACCAAUAGCAGCGGACGCAUCUCCUAUGUCAUCCCAGAGAGCAAGAGGCUGGGCAUCGGAGUUUAUCCUGUCAAACUGGUCGUCAGGGGUGACCAUACGUUUGCGGACAGCUACCUGACGGUGUUGCCGCGGGGAACAGAGUUUGUAGUGUUCAGUAUUGACGGCUCGUUUGCUGCCAGUGUGUCCAUCAUGGGAAGUGACCCCAAGGUCAGAGCUGGAGCUGUAGACGUGGUCAGACACUGGCAGGACCUGGGCUAUCUGAUAGUGUAUGUGACGGGUCGUCCAGACAUGCAGAAGCAGCGUGUGGUGGCCUGGCUGUCUCAACAUAACUUCCCUCAUGGCAUCGUGUCCUUCUGUGACGGCCUGGUCCACGACCCCCUCAGACACAAGGCCAACUUCCUCAAGGCCCUCAUCUGUGAGGCCCAUAUGAAGAUCUUUGCUGCGUACGGCUCUACUAAGGACAUUUCAGUGUACUCCUCAAUAGGCCUGCCCCCAUCACACAUCUACAUAGUGGGGCGGCCCACCAAGAAGAUGUCCAGCCAGUGUCAGUUCAUCCCAGAUGGCUAUGCGUCUCAUCUCUCCCAGCUGGAGUACAGUCAGAGGUCUCGUCCUGCCAAGACCGCCAGCGCCCGUAUCGUUCUCCGUAAGGGCAGCUUUGGACUGGGCGCGGCCGGGGGGGACUACCUCCGCAAGCGCAACCACAUCCUGCGCUCAAUCAACCCAACUGGGGGGGCGGGUUCUAGCUCCUCUGGCCAACCAGGACGUACGGAACGUACGCUGAGCCAAUGCGAGGUGGAGAGGGAGAAAGCAGCGGGGACCCAGAGGAGUAUGAGUAUAGCAGCUGGGUGUUGGGGCCGCACCGGGAGCACCAAGGAGGAGUCAGGAGGAUUACUCAGCCCUAAGUAGGGCUCACCAGACUGGGCUACAGGGGGAGGGGACCCUGCCUGACUGGACCUGAGCACCAUCUCUGGACUGGCCCUGAGAGAGAGAUGGAGAGAGGAGGAAAUAUGGUUAAGAGAGAGAUAAAGAAAAUGAUGGGAUGAAAGAGGGGAGGGAUAGGGUUAACAGAGGGAUGGAGAGGGAGGGAAAAGGGCAGAGAGAGGGUCUCUGGGGAAAUGGAUGUAAAGCCAGAAAGAUGGGUGUUGCUCUAACUUUGAUGUACAUUUUCUAAAGACGUUCUACUGUAUCAUGAGAGUCUCACAGUCAAGACUUUUACAUUACCUAUCUUGGCCACGAAAAGAACUGUAAGGAAAAACGAAACAUUUAAACAAACUAUCGUAAGCCUUAAUCGUUGCCCCCUUGGGGCCUGGAGGGCCCACCCUGGUCCGAGGAAUGGUUGAAUUUACUCUCUGCAUCUAAAGGACAAUGGGAAUUCACAACCACUCCAGCUCAGGACAGGCCCAGACAGUGGAUCCACCAAAAGAAGUGUCAAUGGUGACCUGGAGGUCAGGGUGGUCAGUGUAGCCAUGGCAACAAGCCAACAACUUCACCUCUGAUUUUAUCCCUUUAUCUCCGCUGAGAUACUGUCAACAAAGAAGCACCAUUACCCUAAGGAAAGAUUGAGGGAAGAGGAGAAGAAAGAGGGAGAAGGAUAAAUGGAAAAAGGGUAGAUACAGAGAGAGAUGCAAGGCAAAGGGGAGGGAGGGGCAAGGUUAUGGAUGAGGUGUAGAAUUUCCCUCUAGUCUCUAUUUUCCUCUACUGUUUUCAGUGUGGUACUACACAGUGAUUUGUAUUGUCAACGUUGGCUCCGCUCCAGUCCUUUUCAGUCAAUAACAGAGUAGCUACAGUACAGUACCAUGUAUCUCAGUAUGGCCUGUGGGCUGUCCCAGGCCUUAAACACCAACGACAUGUUUAUGAGUCAGACUCUGAAGGAACCCAGGACUGAGCUAAACAAGACUUGGCUUUGAUAUAACAGAAGACAUUAGUGACACUUGUCCACAGACAGAAAACAGCAACAAUCCCUUUACCAGACCAUCUGCUUGCAAUACCUUUGAGCCACAAGUGGUGGGCGUUGCCACUCUCUCGCUCUGUUUUCCAUAAGCAUGAUGCUGUUGGUAGUCAUUCAUUCAUCCUGCGGCGCCCCCUAGCGCUCAACAUUUGUCAUUACACACAAUUCAGUGCCCACUGGACUUUCCCUAUGAUACUCUGAGGAGUCUGAGCUCUUUCAUUCUUGAGGGAUGGGAUGAAUGCUAUUCAUUAGACAUUACUACAUUUCAGUCUGGAUGAAGACAUGAUUUGAUUUGAUUACACUUUAUUUUACAGUUCCCCUAUCCUGUUUUAGUUUACCUGGUAGUAAUACCUCAUGAUAGACGCCUUCUGAUACCAAGUUGUUUCCAACUGUGAUUAUCUGAAGUACCAGAGAAUAUACAAUGUUAUUCCUUAGCAAAUACCAGCUGUCAUAGGACUGUAAAAUAAAGUGUUACUGAUACUUUGACUAAAUCUAUGGCAACCUGUACACAAAAUGAAAGAUGAACACCUAACAGAGAAGCAGUAAUAGGGUUGGCACCCUUUUCUCUCAUACUGUCCUGUUUUCUGGCUCCUACUGGUUAGAUAUUGAUAUGAGAGAGUGUUCCUUUAUCAUCCACUUGAAAUAUAUUCCCAUUACUAAUCACACAAAGCCAACGCACGGCCAAAACACCUAUCUCUCUCUUAACGGCUGCAGUAUCUCAACCUGUUCAACCUCGUUGUUCUUAGCACUAGUUUAUGGUGGAGAAUCUAGUUACCAUCUCAUGUCGCUACAUAUUGUUACCUUUGUAGUGCAUGAAAUAAUAACAAUUCAUUAUUGCAGGGUAUGUGUGCUACAGCAGUACUUACACUCAUGUACAUUUCUUAAAUGUCAGGAUGACUUAAUAAUGUAAGUAAAUGUGCCAAGUACAAGACAGUUGUUGGUUGGGUGUGGAAAGAUAAUGUACCAGGCUGUAUCCCACCUUUCCUUUGUGCUGUGUGUGGUGAGAUGAGUUGGAGCUUGUUGCAUUCAGAUCAUGACGGCGUGGCUUUAACUAAAAGGCUGUGCUGUUAUAUACUGUAUUUUACAGAUGUAAAUCAGAUUAGAUCUAUGAAUUUGUAGAUAUGUUUUAAUCCAAUAUAUUGUCCAUAUCUAAGUAAAGGACAUAAUUGCUGAUAUAGGAUGUGGUUAUGGUUUUACUUAUGACUUGAGCGCUUGUAAGCUCUAGCAUGUUGCUUUGAUUCUAGGGACAUGUUACUAUUGUCAACUACAGUAGAGUGGCAGGUAGCCCAGCUGUUAGAGUAUUGGACCAGUAACUAAAAGGUCGCUGGUUUUAAUAACCCAGGCUGACAAAGUGAAAGAAAAUCUGUUUAUGUGCCUUUGACCCUAAUUUUCUCCCUUAUAAAACAACUAAUCUUACCUAUGUGGUGGGAUGUAGGGAUACCUAGUCAGUUGUCCAACUGAACAUAUCUUCCACAUUUAACCCAACCCCUCUGAAUCAGAGAGGUGCGAAAGGCUGCCAUAAUCCACAUCCAUGUCUUCGGCACCCGGGCACCCGGGGAACAGUGGGUUAACUACCUUGCUCAGGGGCAGAACGACAGAUUUUUACCUUGUCAGCUCAGGGAUUAAAUCCAGCAUCCUUUUGGUUACUGGCCCAACACUCUAAUCACUAAACUACCUGCCACCCUAUGUAUGUGACAAUAAAACACCCUUGUAUUGUCAACCUAAAUUGAAGGUUUUAUUUAUUGCUACCUGUUAUACAAUGGGUGGGUCUAAUACUGAAUGCUGAUUGGUUUAGGUGAGGAUUGUUCGUGUGAUUAAAGCAGUAGUUUUUGUCAGACAUUGAUCAGACCAAAAAAAGAAUCAUCUAAUGUCAAGUCCAUUUGUUGUGUACAGUAGAUCCAGUUACCUAAGGCCACUUUGGAGGUCUUAAAAAAGAAAAAGGUUGAAAUUUGGUUCUGCAGUGAACUACGAUUUUAACCAAGGAUGUAGACUAGAGCUGUAGCUGAUUGGCUGGAAGGCACUGUGAGGUUUUAGAUCCAGCCAUACUGUUCCCCUUUGGCCUGUGGGUUUGUGAUGAUGAGCUAGUGAAAUGUCCUCCUGCUACAGGGCUGGAGAGCCCAGACUGUUCCCCUUUGGCCUGUGGGUUUGUGAUGAUGAGCUAGUGAAAUGUCCUCCUGCUACAGGGCUGGAGAGCCCAGACUGUUCCCCUUUGGCCUGUGGGUUUGUGAUGAUGAGCUAGUGAAAUGUCCUCCUGCUACAGGGCUGGAGAGCCCAGACUGUUCCCCUUUGGCCUGUGGGUUUGUGAUGAUGAGUUAGUGAAAUGUCCUCCUGCUACAGGGCUGGAGAGCCCAGACUGUUCCCCUUUGGCCUGUGGGUUUGUGAUGAUGAGCUAGUGAAAUGUCCUCCUGCUACAGGGCUGGAGAGCCCAGACUGUUCCCCUUUGGCCUGUGGGUUUGUGAUGAUGAGGUAGUGAAAUGUCCUCCUGCUACAGGGCUGGAGAGCCCAGACUGUUCCCCUUUGGCCUGUGGGUUUGUGAUGAUGAGCUAGUGAAAUGUCCUCCUGCUACAGGGCUGGAGAGCCCAGACUGUACAGGAGCCACAGAUGUCUGUCUGUCAGUGUAGAUAAGGUCAAAAUGCUACUGUAUAUGUAGGAAUAUAAUGGUUGAGAGGUAUUUAUUUACAUAACUCAUGAGGUUACUUAAUAUGAUGGAUCUUUCAGGUGAAUAGCGUUUUGUUUAUGAUGAUGAUCUAGUUGUGAAUUGGAGGACCAACAGUCAGUGGAAGGUGUUUUGUUUUCUUAGCCAGUGCAAUAUUAUUAUUGUUCCAGUCACAGAACCACAAGGAGACACAGACAGUCAGAGACCACAGCAGAGACAAUCUACAUAUUGUAUCUAACAUGCACGAGCAUAGACAACAUCUAGUUCUACUCUCCCGCCCCUUCACACUUCUACUGUCCCUUUACAAAGGUUAACUGUUACCAUUUUAUAGUGCAAACAAAACAAUUUUUUAAACCGGACCAUUUUACAAAGCCUUUGACAGAAUACUGUAUUGCUUCCUAUCUUGUGUGAAGGUAGAUUUUUUAGUCAGAAUGAAGAAGUGGUUGAAUGUGAACAUGUGAACGUAAAACUCCAUCCGCUAUUUGAAUUGUAUUAGGUGGUGUUCAUCAUUCAGACUGGGUUAGCCUUCAAUACUGUAUAUAGUAUGUAUAUAUCAGUUAUGUUAAAACCACUUAACCGUACAGUAUGUCUUGAAAUAGAAAUGUAUGUCAGAAAAAACGACUGUUUAUAUUUGAGAAUAUUACAAUUAUUGCCACUUUAGUAGCAGUCUUGCAUGUACUCCUAUUAGAGGUCAGUGUACACACUGUACAGGACAUGUUCUACUGUAUGGGGCUGAAAUGUUAUGAAUAGUUCUACACCUUGUAGAGUUACAGCUAUAACGAGAACUAUAUAACAAUGUGUUCCAUCUGUUCUGUACUAGCAGAACAGAUGUCAUGACAACAAUUUUGUUUAAUGUUUGGCAUGGCAAGGAGUAAUGUAAACCUUUUGGGGGGGAGGUCAGUUAAUGCUUUUUACUAAGGAGUGUAAUAUUAGCACAAACAGACUGCAUUUCAGGCUAACAAUGUGUACUUACACUGUACCUGCUUAUGUAGCUACCAUGUAAAUACAUAGAUUUCUGAAUACUUAAUAUACUGUAAAGUGGGACCAAUAUAUUUAGCUACAAUACGGUACAUACAAAAAAAUGUAUGUAAUUUACUCAAGUAUUAAUAAUAUAAAAUGUACACAAGCUGAACAUGAUUAUAUCCAUGAACAGAUUGGGAAUGUUUUGUACAGUAUUAGUACAAUACAGUAAUGACAUAUAUUAUCACUCUAAAUAUAUAGAUAUAUAGGGGUAACAUAUACUGGUUGAGGUGGCAAUAAUUUAAUUCUAUUUUGAGUAUAUGCAGUUUAUUGGACGUAAAGGUAGAAUAGUAAUCAUAUAAUGCAUAUUUGAAUUUGAAGGCAUGUACAUAAAUGAAGUAGUGUUCUGUACCUCUUACAAUCUCAUCCAUUUCCCUUUGUAGCAGGUCUGAAUUUCACAUCGUUUCAGAUAGUUUUUAUAUUUGACAGUUUAUCAUUGUUUUCUUUUACAGAAAAACAAAACCUCAUCAUCAGCAUUAUUAGGCAAGGCCGUAAGACGUAUACUUAUGUACUUGAAGUGGCACAUAUUUGAAACACCUCCAACAUCAGAGCAGGUACUAAUAUUUAGAUCUGUAUGCAGAUCCCUCACUGCUCACUCUCUCCUCUGGUUCAUAGCUCACUUUUAACCUUCCUGGGUGAGAGCUCGCUGUAUCAUUGUCUCUGUACUGUGGAAUAAAUACAUUUGAAAAACAA